AUGCUCCCGCUCCAGCAGCAGAUGCCGCUGGGCAAUGCUCAGCCACAGAUUCCACCUCCUCCGCCCCAGCAGCAGAUUCCAAACCCAAACGAGCUUUCGCUUGCGGGCGUUCUCCACUUUCUCCAGACGGAAUGGCGGCGAUAUGAGCGCGAACGCAACGAGUGGGAGAUUGAGCGAGCAGAGAUGCGUGCCCGCAUUGCGCUCCUCGAGGGCGAGCGACGGUCAUUUGAAAACAUUAAAAUAGACCUUCUUAGACGCGUAAAGAUGAUGGAAUACGCCCUACGAGUCGAACGGUCGAAACAACUGCAGCAAGGAGGAGCCUCUGCACCAUCAGGAAAGCCUCCGUCCGUCAAGGAUGAGCCUCAGCAUGAUGCUGUUGCACAUCUCAAGGAAGGCAGCGGCUCAAACUCUCCCCACAGCGAAGAUGUCGCUCUUCCCAAUGACGCCCGUCUCUCGAUAGGUUCUAACCCAAAUACCAACGCCGCUGCGCCGAAACCCGCAAACCAGGGAUCAAAAGACUGGGCAGCAAACGUCAAUGCUGCGUCAAAUAAUAUUGCGCUUGGGAAGCCACCUCCGGGUAGGGAUGCUCGUUCACGUGCCCGGGCCAGAGACUAUCUCAAGCAAUGCCUGCUCGAAGUCUCGUAUCUUACCUCGCCACAAGCCAUGAACCCCCUUCCGAACCGGCCACUCCUCAACAACGUGAACAAUAACCCGAAUCCUGCUGCUGGCGCCCCUAUGCAAGGCGGCGCUACCGCUGGUGCCCCUAUGCAGACCGGCCCUGCUAUUCCAAUCCUUCCCAACUUUGGUGGUGAUAAUGGGAUGAAUGGACGCCAAAAGAAAGGAUUCCCAGAGCCUAUGAAUAAGGACUUCCCUCUCGUCAACGGUGGGAUGCCAGCCAUGGGGGCCAACGACAAACCCAACCUCUUUUCUUCUGGAAUAACAACGCUUCAAAGCGGGUCUACGGUCACUGGAACGAUGAUGGGUCCCACCGAGACGCGUCCUGGUGACGCAGUCACGCAAAUCGUCACAAAUACGGCACCACGAGAAGGCUCGCAGCAAGAUGAAGAGCCUACGCAGCUGACAGCUAUAUUCCGUCCCGAUGAUACGGGUGCGUGGCGUGAAAAGCUGAGACAGGCAAAGGAAGAGGCCGCAAUGCGCCAGAACCAGAUGGGUGGUGGUGGUUAUCUCGGCGGAGUCACUAGUACAAUGUCUGCAAUGGGAGGUCACAGCCUCGGUACAUCCGGAUGGGACCUUGGUUUGGGCCCGGACGAUGGCUCUGGCAUCCCCGGCGCUUCCAUUGAAGAUGAAGACGAGGAGGAUGCAGCCUCUUUGGCGGAAGAUAAUGGCAAAAAGUUUAGGGUGCGAAAGACGUUGAGAAACCAUCUCGACGCUGUACGAGCGCUUGCCUUCCAUCCAAAGGAGAUGAUCCUCGCGACUGGAGGUGAUGAUUUGACUGUCAAGAUAUGGCGAAUGGAUGCCGCUCAGCUGGCGUCAGCAAGCGCUGGUCGGACCGUCGAACUCGAGCCCCAGGUCACACUACGCGGUCACUCUGCAUCUAUCACCAGCCUUGCUGUCGCUCCGCAUCAUGGUAUCGUCUACUCUGCGUCUCUCGACUCGACUAUCAGAGUUUGGGCGAUACCGCCUCCACAGCAUACAACGUAUUCCCCAUACGAGGCGGCGACAUCGCAAGGGGAGCUCGUGGGCCAUACCGAUGCCGUUUGGGGAAUUGCACUUUUGCGCGAAGGCAGCAUCCUGGUCAGCUGCGGUGCAGACGGAAUGGUCAAAGUCUGGGAUGUCGGCACAAGCCGCCCAGGCUCGUUGCGUCUGAGCUGGGGAUACGGCGGCGUUGGCGUUGAUGUCGCCUCUGGAUCGGCAGAGACGGAUGUCAUUGGUGCGACAGCGGUAGAAGCCAUCAAGACCAAUCUCAAAUGGGUUGCCGUUGCGUAUCGAAACGGGAUUGUCAAGAUUUUCGAGGUGGAGACUGGAAAGGAGGUUGCGGCGCUCGAGAGCGAGACCAAAGAAGUGUCGGUGGUCAACGCUGUUGUAUCCCAUCCGGCUCUCCCUCUGCUCGUCGUUGGAUACGAGGAUAGAAACAUUCGAGUGUUCGACUUGACGACAUUCAGCUGUACGACGUCAAUGCUCACGCACUUGGACGCUGUCACAUCCUUGACCUUGGACCCGUCUGGCCAUGUUCUCGCCUCUGGCUCCCACGACAAUUCUGUUCGCUUCUGGGACUUACUCGGUCAGAAACAAUGCAUACAGGAAGACACAAAGCAUCGUCAAAAGGGAGACGAAGGCGUCUUGGAUAGCGUUCCAUGCGAGCCUGCCGUUCAUGGCCAGUGCAGGUGCUGA